CUAGUCUGGUUGGCGUGCGGAUUUCAUCUGCCAAAUCGCUGUGCCAGAUCGAUUCGUUGUCUCCGUGUAGGAUAAUUCUGAAACUGCUAGUCAUACAGGAGGCCAAUUGCUACGCACUAUCAUCUCUACAUCCUCAUUCGGUUCAUUAUGAAUUGCUUGUAUGCCGGCCGGCAUGCACGACUAUGUCGCUAUCCUAGGGAAAGGAGCACUUACAUAUACCGGGUCACCUCUGUACAAGGACACCGGUGUCCAGUUUCCUUAUCGUCGUCUAGAAGAUAUGGUUAUACGGCGACCAACAGCAAUAAAUCAAUCUGCCAGAAAUCGAACAUUACAACCCACAACCGCCAUCCCCGUCGCGCGGCCUUGAUACUAAGCCAGGCACACAGUACAACAAGCCAGGCCUCAGUGACAAGCUAUACGCCACCAAACAAGGGCCUUAUCUCUUAUUUGCCUCUGUCAUGGAUACCGUACGCUGAGCUGCUACGCCUCGAUAAACCGACAGGUACAUACUACCUUUUCUUCCCCUGCGCAUUCUCAACUCUACUUGCCGCGUCCAUUGCGCCGUCCGUCUCAGCCUGGGAAGUUGUUGGAACUACCGGUCUUUUCUUUGCUGGGGCCUUGAUCAUGCGCGGUGCCGGAUGUGCAAUCAAUGAUCUAUGGGAUAGAAACUUAGAUCCGCAUGUCGAACGCACGAAAUUCCGCCCAAUCGCAAGAGGAGCAAUCCCUCCUGGUAAAGCGGUGCUGUUUACAGGUACCCAGUUGCUGGCAGGACUUGGUGUUCUUCUUCAAUUUCCGUAUCAAUGCCUUUGGUACGGUAUACCUAGUCUUCUUUUGGUGACCACGUAUCCGCUUGCUAAACGCGUUACUUAUUAUCCCCAAGCUGUGCUGGGCCUUACUUUCUCAUGGGGUGCGAUUAUGGGCUUCCCUGCGCUGGGUAUCGAUCUCCUCCAUAAUAGCGCCGCACUGGAAGCUGCUGCUGCGCUUUACGCUAGUUGUGUAACCUGGACGGUUCUGUAUGACAUGAUAUAUGCGCAUAUGGACAUUAAAGAUGACGUUGCGGCUGGCAUUAAGUCUAUUGCCCUUCGUCAUGAAAAGAACACAAAAGCUGUGCUUUCAGCUCUCGCCGCCGUCCAGGUGCCGUUACUCGCCGCUGCAGGUGUAGCAGCGGGAAGCGGGCCUAUCUUCUUCAUCGGCAGUUGUGGCAGUGCAGCUGUCACCCUCGGUCUCAUGAUCUGGAAAGUUCAAUUAAAAAACGUACAGAAUUGCUGGUGGUGGUUUAAGAAUGGUUGCUUGCUCACCGGUGGAGGCAUUACCCUGGGAAUGUUCCUUGACUAUGUCGCGAAAACCACUGGGUUUUAUGAUCCGGACGAGGAGCCGGUUUCCCUGGAGAGCUGAUAAAAAACAAACAACCUACGUUCUUCAUU